GAUAAUAUUUAAUUUUCAUAUCUGUUUAAUUAUUAUCAAACACCAAAAGGUAAAGAUAAAUAUUAUGAUAAGAUCAAACUUUUUUUAACAGGUCAUGCCAUGUUAUAAAAAUACAAAACAUGUUGGUGGUCAAUAACACGUUUGGAAUAGCGACGGAACGUUUCAAAGCAUGUAAACCUACAUCAAAGGAAUUUAAUAGUUGCAUUGGAAAUACAACACGGGCUGUAUUGAUUACCACAUUAUACUUUAUUAUAGAAUAACACAAUAGCGUGUUUUAAGUUAUAGUUUUACAUUUUACUUAUUAAUAAAUGAUCUUACAUUGCAACAUGCUAACAGAUUUAACAAUUAGCAAAAUAUAUUGUUGCAAUUUCUGCUUUUACAUUAACACAUCCUAUAUAUUUUCAUGAAAUUAUUUAAGAAAAUAAAUUUAAAAAGUAGAAGAAUCAACAGUUUCUUUAAAUGAGCGUGCAUCAAGCAUGAACACGCGAAAACGGGUCCAAUAAAGAUACAGUUCAUCGUUCUUUUUUUUUUAAAAAAAAUGGUUUUCAGAUAAUUUAAAUGAUAUGAUUUGUUAGAUGUAUCUCUGAUUGCUGUUAGAGUGGCAGGCCUAUAUAAAAGUCUGUUACUGCUUAGAAUACAAAUUGUUUAGAAAUAAUAUUCGGUCGGGUGGUAUUCGUUUGAAUUACACCCUACCGGUUGAUAUUUUUUUUCAAAUCUCAUGAAAACAGUACAAUGGUGACACUACAUUGGUUAAGCGUGACAGUGUAAUGGUGACACUAAAAUGGUUAAGUUUGACAGCGCACCAAACAAAUGUGGCUUAAAUCAGAGCCAAACGGAAAACUGGAAUAAAUCAGAAAUAUCCUCAAUUUUCUUCCGUUAACUUUUCAUAGAUCUAUCUAAAAAAUUUAAAGGUCGCACUCCACCUUAAAAAGCUUUACAUCUAAAUACCGGUUUGAAUAAUGUUGAGAUAUAUUUCUUACAACAGAGUAGUAUUCCAUAUCUGACAUUAUAUCAACAACAAAUAAUUAUGUGUUACGUAUAACUGACAUUGGCAUAAGAGUCUUUAUUUGUUUUUCAAAUGUAUUUGCUUUAUAAUUAGCAAUGAAAAGAGACAAAAUCGACCAAAACAAAGGCAGGGAAACCAGAUUUUUUUCUCUGAUUUGCAAGGUUUGCCCAUGCAGUUCGCAUUAAGGCAGAAUAUUUCAGAACUACUGUAGUUUUAAUUAGCUUGGAAAGUUUAGCGAUAUCCUCUAUACACACAAUUUUCAUUUAUUAUUUACGUUGGAAUAGAAAAAGAUUUGAGUUGAGUUAUUCUUCGCUUAAUGCAAAAAGGUGACUGUAAAUGUUUUCGAACUAAUGUACAUUAUUUAUCACAAAACUAGACAUAAGGAGUACGAUAUACCAGUUGGGCCAGAAGAAAUGAAUUGCUGCACAAAGAGUCCGGAAAAGGCAAGCGGUAAACGUAACAAAGAGUCACAAGAAAGGACAAUGGAAAAAGAAAUACGAGAGCUGUUUCGACUAUUUGAUACCAACAAUGAUAGAUCUAUAUCAGCACAGGAGCUUGGAAAGGCGAUGAGAUUUCUAGGUAUGAGUCCUACACAGCAGGAGGUAUCAUACGCCAUGACAACACUAGAUGUUAACGGUAACGGUAGAAUCGAAUUUCAAGAAUUUUACUCGUUUAUGCAAGCAGAGAUGUCUAAAAUCAGUGAUGGCGAUUAUACAAACAAAGAAGAAGUCAUACGAUCAGCAUUUAGAACGUUUGACAAAGAUGGGAAUGGUUUUAUUGAGGCCAAGGAGCUGAGAAUAGCUAUGAAGAAACUCGGAGAAAGUUUAACAGACAAGGAAUUAGAAGAUAUGAUGAAGCAGGCAGAUGUUGACGGUGACGGUAAAAUUAAUUACGAAGAAUUUGUCAAAAUGUGGUGUGAAGCCACGUAAAUCUUCAGACUAUCUGCAGAAUGGAUAUUCCUUUAUUCAGAAGAAACAAGAACUCUUGAAUGUAUACCUUGAUAUAUACAAUUAAAUUUAAGGUGUUGAUAUCUGCUUAUAGUGCAAUAACAAAACAAUUGAUAGCAGAAAUGAGCAAAGCUCUUCUGUUCGUUUAGAACAAUUAUUUAUUUUAACUUUAUAUCUAAAUCAAUUUGUAUCUUUCUAAGAUUAACUCAAAAUUUCCUCCAGGUUUUUAUCGACAAUCAGCGUGUAACAAUUUGCCUUGUAUUAUAUCCAUUUCUAUACUUUACUAACUUUAUUUGAUUGUGUAUAACUAUCUGUUUAUUAAAAGGAGAUAGUAAAAUAUUUUAGUCCAAUAUUACAGACUAGCUAACAUCCUCCAAUUCCUAUUUUGUUUUUAAAAUGAUCUUGCAAACAGAAAGUAAAUUUUUACAUUGAAAUAAGAGUAUGGAUUUAUGGAAUAACUUCUCCUCAAUCAAUAAUUGACUUUUUGCAAGGUGUAUAUAAGAUUAUGAAUCUAUUUGCUGGUAAUAUUAAUAUAUCAGAUCUGUCUCAUUCAUCAACAGAAUUCUUUGAUAAAGCAUUACAUUGUUUAUUCCUCAAGAUUUAUCAUACAAUAUAUAGCUAUCAAAUCUAAUAAUUUCUUAAUGAUUUUGCUCAAAUUUAAAAGUAUAUCGACGGUGUCGAUAGAAAAUCCCGAAUAAAGAAAAUGCCUUUUUCUUCUUUGCUGAAAUAAUGUUCAACGUUUUCCCGCGCACAUUCUCACAAAAUCUUGGGUCAGUUAGCCAAUGGGAAAGGGGUGAAACAUGUAGAAAUAAAAUACCGAAUAAUGAAAUAGAUAGUAAAUGCGGAGUGAAGUCGCUGACUGGAAAAAAGCCGAGUAGUGAAUUUCAAAAUUUUCUUAAGUUACAAGGGUAUUUUCAAUAGUCAAGCAUAUAGCACAUCCAAAUACCGAUCAGCAUUGCAAAUAUGGAUGUUCUGUGUCAUUUUCUUUUUUCAAAAAUUGAUCUGAAAAAAAAAAUACUCGGUAUUUUUUUGUUUGAUUUGGAAAAGGUGGAAAACACUUAAAAUUAGUUUUUUGCCUCUCCUGAAAGCAACCUUUUUAAUUUUUCGGGAAUUUCGAUCGACACCGUCGAUAUAGUUUUUUAAUUGUACAGCUUGAUUGGUGAGCGUGAGUGUGUGUGAAGAUUAUCUCUGAGAUGCUAGUUUUAAGCAAUUGUAAGAAUAUUUCAUAACUUUUUACAGCUGUGAUGAGGCUUCAUUUGGGUUGUUUGUGCUCGCUGUUCAAAGUAAUUUGACGUAAAAUAAAAUCCAUGUAUUCAUGUGGUACCCAUGCGCAUUCUGAUUAAAAUUAAUUAGCUUAUGAAAAAAAAUACUGUUUGUUUUUAUCAAAGAAGAUUUAGUUGUUGUAUCUUAAACAUGAGCAAUGCUGUUAUGUUCUUAGUAAAAUGAUAGCAAUAAUCUUGUACUUUUCUUAAGAUACAUUUUGUAUUAGAGCAGUUGUUGUUCUCCCCGGAAUGAUGUUUAUAGUGUAGUAAAUACAUGUAUGUUAUAUUUGUUGUCGUCUGUGCAAAAAUUAUCACUAUACAAAGUGGUUAAAGACGCGCUACAAAAUAACUAUAUUCUUUUGUAUUUCCGUGAUGUUAAGUACACAUGAUUUGCAUGGAAAAUAUGAGAAUGCAAGUAUUAAGUUUCAAAUUGACAGUGAUAUGUAUUCGACCAAGACAUUAUGUUUAAAGUCUAAGUAUUUUAUUGAAUUAAUGUAGCAAUAUACUAGCGUAUUUAGUUUAAUUUCAAUCAUAUUUUGUUCGUACAGUGUGUGAUGUUAAUUCUGUUAAUUCAUCUAUAUUCUUAAACCAUGCUGAAAAGAGACUGACUGGAUAAGUUUCAGACGAAGUUGUAGAAACACAUUUAUUCGGAAAGGCCCUAAAUUGCCCGUGUGAAAACUAUAGUAUAGCUGUAUUUCAAUAUGAUUUUCAUGAAGUUUUUGUGGUUUAAAAAUAGGUUACUAGGUCGUGGUGGGUCUUCAAUAUGACGACUUCUGAAAAUUUUGAGAAUUUACCUGCAAGGGCUAGUGAGCUUUUCCUGUCGAUUACAUUCUGUAUGAAAAAGUUUAUAUAUACAUUUGUAUUUAUUACAAUAUGAAAUAGAUUCCAUGACAAUAUAUAUAAACAAACCCGGGUAAUCAAUAUGAUGAAAGCUCAAUAAGAAAUGCUACAGAUACGCUUUGAUAAUUAUUAACUCUCCAGCCAAGACCUUACGGAAGUGCAUGCAUGUAGUUUAACAUUUUCAUAAAUUUACUCAAAAUAUUGAAAAUGUAAAAAGCACAUACAACGAGAAUGAAAAAGUGACAAAGUUAGAAACAGUGGGGCACUCCCAUAGUGUGAUGUUUAAAAUGGACAUGGACAUAUAUACAAUACUGACUAGAUUAUGCAGAUCAACAGUGUUCGUGUUAUCACAAUUAUAUGUGCAUUUGUAAAUGCAAGCUUUAUUUAACAAAUAAUCAAGGCCUUCGCGUUGUUUAUCGUCUGAUUGACCACGGUUCAUAGUUCAGAUGCGUAGGAAUUGAACCACGAGGGCGUUAGCCCGAGUGGUUAAAUACUGAAGCAUCUGAACGAUGAACCAUGGUAAAUAAGACGAUAAAUCACAAGAAGGCCUUGAUUGUUUUCAUUCUGACAUGCACGUUGAUAUAUUGCAAUAAAUAUUAUGCUGGAAUUCAUUUACGCGAGGAGUAAUGUAUCGGACGUCAGGCGGCUACAUGACGUCAAAAUUGACGUCAUAAUGCUCUCUUACCAGUCCGUGCGUCAACCAGUUUAUCGCAGGAUAUAUUGCGUUUGAUUUUCUUCUUUGUUUAACUGGAAACCAAAUCGAGCCAUGUUAGAAUAAUGUAUAAAGUAAGGCUUAACAACGUAACCAUAUCUGCAUGCUUUGUUUAUUUAGAUGUUGCACUAUUGUAAUAAAAUUGUAUUUGUCUAAUAAAUUGCCUAUUUCUC